AUGUGACAGUGAAGCCAUUAUUUCCUUUUCCCAAAUCCCACACUCCCAAAAGCAAAAUUCAUGACCAAAGGACCUACCACCACCACCACCACCACCACAACCCAUUACCUUUCUUCACCCUCUUCACGAUUUUCAAAGAAGAAGAAGAAGAAGAACAGAUCAAGAUGAUGAUGAUGAAGGACGAUACUUGUCCAAGCUGGAAACUUUACGAAAAUCCAUUUUAUAUUAGCCCUUCUCAUCGCCAAACGCCUCAUAAAUCCGCCAUUAACAAGCACCUUCAGUUUUAUUGCUUGAAAUUAGCUUCGUCUUCUUCCUUUUGCGAUCUGGUUCCUACCAAAAAGCGAAUGGAUUCUGAGCUCGAUCUUGCUCGUAGCCACAUCGUGGAGCUCAAGACUGAGCUUCGGUAUGAGCGCAAGGCUCGUAAAAAGCUCGAGUCUUUGGCCAAGAGGUUGACUAAGGAGCUCGAUGAAGAGAGGAAACAAAGGGAAGCCAUGGAAUUACUGUGUCAACAGCUUUCACGAGAGGUUUCUUUACAUGAAACCAAGAUUGAUUUGAUGAAGAAGAAGAUUGAAGAUGAGAGGAAGAUGCUAAGGUUGUCUGAGGUUUUACGAGAGGAGAGAGUUCAAAUGAAGCUUGCAGAGGUCAAAAUCGUGUUCGAAGACAUGCUUUCAGAGAUAGAAUCAGGCAAACUAAAACAGACGGCGGCUGACAAUUCCUCGGCGAGUUCCAUCAACAACAAUGCUGUCGGCGACGGAUCUUCACCGGCAGAAUCAACAGCAUUGGACGCCGUCGUGGGAGAGCAGAGAUUAUCCUGCAAAAUGGAGAUUCCGGCGGUGGCAGCUCCGACAAGUGGGUCGCCGGAGGUGGAAAAUAUUAAUCCUCAUAUAGUGAGGGGGAUUAAAGGGUUUGUGGAGUUCCGGCGAGUGGUUCGAACAAAAGGGUCGAAGAGUAGAGAUUCAGAUUCGAAAUUGGAGUGUCAAAAGGCUCAGCUUAGAGUUCUUCUGAAACAAAAAGAAGGGUCUGUCAGAUCCAACAACCUCUUUAUUACCUAAUUUACUUCAUCUCUCUUAUUCAAAUAAUUAGUCUAUUUCCAUAAAUAAAUCAAUUUAGACCUCGGGUGGAUUAACAUGU